AAAUGAGUUCAAACUCCGGAUAUAAUGGGCUUGCCCCCAGUAAGUUGGGAUUCACAGCCAAGGCUGACCUGCCUGGGCAUAUAAAUAUCCUAUUCAGAGCCCGUCCACCCUUGCAAUAUGCAGAUCCAUUAGAAAAGGAGCACCAUACAAAGUAUGAUUUAAUUAAUGAAGGUAAUGCUUCUUUAGAAGAGAUCUUUGAAGAAGGGCCUCCUCCAGAACGCAUCUGAAUGGAAACCCCGGCUGAGCGUAAGGAAAGACUUUGGAAAGAGAGCAUUAUUUCUAACUAUCUCAAGGUAAAGGAAGAGCGGGAGAAGUAUAACCCUAAAAAAGACAAGGAAGCUACAGAAGAUCCCUAUAAAACUCUAUUCAUUUCAAAGCUUAACUAUAAGACUGAUGAAGACAAAAUCAGAGAGGUAAUGGAAGAGUUUGGGCCUGUAAAGAAACUUAGACUGGUAAGGAACAAAAAGACAGGCAAGUCAAGAGGAUACGCCUUUGUAGAAUUUAAACAUUCCAGACAUUGUCAAAGAGCUUACGAAAAGAAUGGAAUGAAAAUUGAUGGAGAAAGAGUCUUCAUAGAUUACGAGCAUGGUAGAGUUGAGAAGGACUGGUUGCCUAAGAGACUAGGUGGAGGUAUUGGAGAUAAAAGAAGAGACAGACGCAACGAGAAAAAGAUCAGGCAAGUAAUUAAGGAGUAUAAAAGAAGCCUCAAGGAAAAAUCUAAGAAGGAAGCCAACGAUACAGAGCCUACUAAAGAUAAAAAGCAUGAGAAAGUUAAUCAUAAAGAGGAAGAAAAGGAAUCAAACCACAAGAGACAAAAGGUGAGUGAAAAUGAAGAAGUCUCUAAAAGAGCUGAACAACCUCAAAAAGAGCCUGAAAAACCUUCAGAAACCCCAAAAGACCCAAUUCCAGCUCCUCCUGCUCCCACCACUACUCCAGCUCCAGCUCUUAUCCCAGCUCCAGCUCCUAUCCUAGCUCCAGCUCCUAUCCCCGCCCCUCCUCCAACCUCCACUCCUCUCCCAGCCCCUUUACCACCUCCAUCUUCAACCCCAGCUCCCCUAGCUCCAGCACCUGCUCCUUUACCCCCUCCACCCACAAUUACUGCUCUUCCUCCAGCUCCAGCACCUCUUCCUCCAGCUCCAGCACCUCUUCCUUCAACCAAGACGGCUCCUCACCAGGAAGCCAGCCUUCCUGAAUUGGCCCAGCCUUCAAGCCUGAAGGCUGAGGAGAAGCCAAGAGAGGAAGUUAAGUCAAGCGUGGAGGCCAGUGCUGCUGCUCCCACAGACGUAGCUCCAAAGAGCACUCCAGAAGAGAAAGAAGCAAGGAUAAGAAGGAUAGGCAUAAAGACAAGAAGAGAAGAAGCAGAGAUAGAAAGAGCAAGCAUUCUGAUAGAAGCAAAGAUAGAGACAAGAAAGAAGGAUAGCAAGAGAAGAAGAGAUGACAGAAGUUAUUAG